AUACCCCUGCGAGAUGCUUCCGGCCAAUCUAUACAUGAUUUUGAUAGCCACAUGGGAUUUCAGCCGCCGCCGGAGUUGUCUACACCUCCUAAACUCUCACUCUAUUCACUACCUUCCAAACCACCGACACUGCCGCCCGAUGGCCUUACGCCACCACUAAACACCGUGGCCACCAUCCCAUUCCUAUGGGAGGAAGCUCCCGGAAAACCAAGAGCCACUGACGAUCCACCCAAGUCCAAAACAGUCAGGUCUCUAGACCUCCCUCCAAGACUCACCACCACCACCACCACCACCACCACCGUCAGUCCUAUGAAUAACGGUGUUGGAAUACAGAUUGUACCCUCUCCGACCACCGUAUUGAGUGGACCUUAUGAAGGCGUGUUAUACGGUUCAAACACGCUCUUGGAGUCGCCGGAGAAGGCUCCGGUGGUUUGUAGUAAGAGUAAGAGUAAGGGGAAGAUGAGGAUGCCUUUGAGGAAGCUAAUGAGAAAAGAUAGAUCGCCAGUUAAGUUCAGUUCAUGGAGGUGGGAUAGUCUCAAAGAUAUGGAGGGCGGUAGAAUGGAGAGAUCGCCGUCGCUGAAGUUGUGUUCAUGGAGGUGGGAUAGUUUCAGGGAUAUGGGUGGUGGUGGUUCUUUAUGUUCUUCAUUUGAUGAUGGUCAGAAAGCUGUUGAUCAUUCGGGUGAUAAGCUGGGAAAAGUUACAAGGAAAAGUAGCUUCACAUUCGCCGGCGAUGCUACUAAUACUUCUAGCUUCCUCACGAACAUGUUGGGUACCUUUAAAAAGGCAAUGCCAUGGAGAUCACGAAGAUAAGGAUUGAUAACUCACAUAACCUCAGGAUUGGUGAUAUGGUUGAAUAACAUGAUGGAGUUGGUAUACGAGUGUGCAAAAAGCUUGAAACGAAUUAUAUAUAUAUAUAUAUAUAGAUGAAUGGUGGUGGUUUGUUAUAGUGUAUCGAUGAUGAUAAAGCAAGUGGUUAGAAUUUUCCAUGUUUUUGAAGUUAAUGGUUUUGGUAGAUGGGGUUUGUAAAAGUACGUUUCUAAUUGAUAUAUAAUGAAAGGUGAUUUGGUUUUGACAUGAAAA